AUGCAGCACGUCUUCUCGCACCAGCAGCAGUUCCAGGGCGACUGGGCUGCUGGCCACCACCAGCACCCGGCCCACCACAUCCAAGCCCAGCAGCAAGCCCAAGCCCAAGCACAAGCCCAGGCCGCUGCAGCUGCCCAGCAGCAGAACUACGCCCGCAUCGGAGCUAAUAACAACGUGUCAGGUCUGACAAUGGGUAAUAUGGGACCUGGCGACCACGGCGCUGGCCUUCUCACAGCGGAACCAGGCAUGUCCGAGGACAAUAGACGGGUUUUGGACUGGAUUGCGCAGCUGAUGAAGCCCGCGACGCGCGAGACAGCGCUGCUUGAGCUGAGCAAAAAGCGAGAGCAGGUUCCGGAGCUGGCGCUGAUUCUAUGGCACUCGUUCGGUGUCAUGGCUUCACUUCUGCAGGAGAUCAUCUCCGUCUACCCACUUCUAAAUCCUUCCCAGCUCACGGCGGCUGCGUCGAAUCGAGUGUGCAACGCUCUUGCGCUUUUGCAGUGUGUCGCAUCGCACACGGACACGAGGGCUUUGUUCUUGAGUGCGCAUAUCCCGCUCUUCCUGUACCCGUUCCUCAACACGACCUCCAAAUCUCGCCCAUUCGAGUACCUCCGCCUCACCUCCCUGGGCGUCAUCGGAGCACUCGUCAAGAACGACUCCUCCGAGGUCAUCAAUUUCCUCCUCACUACCGAGAUCAUUCCCCUGUGCCUGAGGAUCAUGGAGACAGGGUCGGAGCUGAGCAAGACCGUAGCUAUCUUCAUUGUCCAGAAGAUCCUGCUUGACGACACCGGGCUAGCAUACAUCUGCCAAACAUACGAGCGUUUCUACGCCGUCGGGACGGUUCUGAGCAACAUGGUGAACCAGCUCGUAGAGCAGCAGACGGUCAGGCUGCUCAAGCAUGUCGUUAGAUGCUUCCUGAGACUCAGCGACAAUGCUCGUGCCCGUGAGGCCCUCCGCCAGUGCCUUCCCGAGCCCCUUCGUGACGCCACAUUCUCCUCCGUCCUACGCGACGAUGCUGCCACCAAGCGCUGCCUUGCGCAGUUGCUCAUCAACCUUUCUGACAACGUCAUCGACGCCAACAAUCAGGGCAUGAUGCACUGA